AUGAAUACACAACACAAAAACAAAGAUGGUACUGGUACAAAGGCCUUGGAAACCUUAGACCCGACAGGUGUGGGUGAGCUCGCCACACAGGUCGUUAUCAAUAGCUCGGUUAAUGUAAGCUGGGAAACGGACCGGAAACACAUGGUAAAUAAUGAUACGGACAUGGAUAACGGACACUGCUACGCAGUCCCCCUUAGACUGAGGGGAGGCGAUGGUGAUGACGAUGAUACCGAAAUGACAAAUGCAACGGUAGUGAGUGGCGACAUGGGCACUGCAAGCGGCAGCCAAAAGCGCGGCCCACCUUCACUGGGCUCGCCAAGUGGACAGGCCAUAAAGCAGCUAAAGACUGCUGCCAAGCAGCCAGGGGAACUCGAUGAUCUCAUCGGCUGGCUGGAGCAGACUAUCUUUCAAGAAAAGGAUAAAAGGAAGUUAGGCGUACAGAGUGCCGAAAAGAGGCUUGGCAAGCUCAGCCGGCUAAGGACUAUUGCACAUGCGAUUACGCAUGAGAACAGUAAGCUCGCAGGUGAGGUUAAGGGCAAGGAAGACGCCCAGAGAGAAUGUCUCACAGUAUUUAUAAACAAAUUUGAUGCCAAGAACGCUGAAGUCAACAGCCUAACGAAUGAGUUGGACAAUCUGAAGAGCGCAAGGGCAGCGCCGAGCCAAGCGCGCCGGUGA